AUGGCCGGACUGACUCCCGGCGGCGCGCUGAUCGAGAUCAUGAACGAAGACGGUACGAUGGCCCGUCUGGGCGAUUUGCGGAAAAUCGCUCAGCAAUUCGGCCUGAAGAUCGUUUCGAUCGCCGAUAUCAUCGCUUACCGCCUGAAAACCGAAUCGAUCGUCGAGCGGGGCGAAAUGGUGGAUAUGCCGACGGCAUGGGGACAUUUCAAGCUGAUCCCGUUCCGCCAGACGAGCAACGGGCUGGAUCAUGUGGCCUUGAUCAAAGGGGAGUGGGAGCCGGACGAACCGGUGCUGGUGCGCGUGCAUUCUUCGUGCGUGACGGGUGAUAUUUUCGAAACGCGCCGGGUGGAAGGCUACGGCCUGCGAAUCGUCGAGAUGUUCCGAUCGUGA